AUGUUUCCAAAAAGUGAAAUCUGUGGAGUUAAAUCCAGGGCCAUAUCCUCAAGGCCACAGUGUGUUAAAUCUGUGGCCUCUGCACCAGGACAAUGUUUUCAAGAUGUGAAAUCUGUAGCGUUGACAUCAGGGACCCAACAGCAAGGUAAGAAUUGCCAAGAGCUGACUUCAGGAUGGCAAGGUGUGAAAUCAGUGUUGUUCGCACCAGAGCCAACUAUAAAUUUUAUACAAGGACCAGUGUUAACUAGUGUGAAAUUUUUAAAUUUGUCUCCAGAAUUGCAGCAACAAGGUCUGAAAUCUUUCGAAUUUACUCCAGAACAAAAGUUGCAAAGAGUAAAACAUGUGAAACUAUCUUCAGUGUCUUUUCAGCAAGCUAUAAAAUCUGUGGAAUUAGCACGUGCACUGCUUCAAAGAGGAACAUCUGAGGAGCUAACUCCAAGAACAAGCUCUCAACACACAGACUCCUCUGAGAUAAUCCAGAAACUGGAGCAUCAAUCUGUAGAAUAUGAAGAGAUGACCCCAAAGCCAAGGCAUCAAGUCCUUAACUCUGUGAAUUUGCCUUCAAUACCAAUUUCUCAAGUCACAGAAUCUUUAGAAAUUGCACAAGGGUUGGCUCAUCAAGGUACAGAAACUGUAAAGAAAUUAGUGGGGUUGACUUCAAGGCCAACAGGUAAAGCCAUGGAAUCUUGAGGGAUGCAUCUGGAGCUAGAUCUUCAAGUAACAGAAUUUAUUGAUCUGACUCUAUAGCUAUGGGGUAAAGGCUCAAAAUCCUUAGAAUUCCCAGAGAAAAGCUACCAAAUCCCAGAAACUCUAGAAUCUCAGUUAUGGCCUCAAGUUAAAGGUUUGGGGGAGUUAUAUACAAGGCCUCUGCAGCAAGUUGUAGCAUCUGAAGGAAUGACUCCAGAGCUCAUGCAUCAGAUAAGAGAAACUAUGGGGUUGACCUCCAUGGACAGGGUAAAAGAGGAGGAAUUCCCUGGAAUGAUCCCAAACCCAAUAAAUAGAACUACUGGAUAUGCAGAGAGCUCUCCUAGACCCUAUUCUCAAUUCCUAGAAUCUAUGGAGGCAAUCUCUGAGAAAAGACUGCAAACGGAAGAAGACAUAGUAUUGUUUACAAAAUCAAAGUCAUGUCACAGAAUCUUCAGAGAUGGCACUCCGGUUGGAUACCAAAUUCCUGAAUCUAUGGAGUUGACUUCUGAGACAGGGUUGCAUGUGGUGGAUCCUAUGGAAUUGACCCCAAAGCCAUGGCAUCUUGUGGGGUCUUCAGAGAUAAUUUUGGGGUUAGGAUCUGUCUGAGAAUCUGUGGGUUGGACCUCUAAGCCAUGGCUUCAAAGGGAGGAAUCUUCAGAGUUGUCCAAGUGAACAGGUCAGGUUGCAGGAUAUGAAGAAUCUGUAGAGCACACCUCUGAGACACUGCAGCAAGGGGAGGGAUCAGUGGAGCUGACACAAGUACAGGAUCAAAGUCUAAAUAUUCAGAGAUAGCCUCAUGGGACACAAAAUCAAGUCACAGAGGCUACAAAGACACAGCUUCAAAUCAUUCAGUCGAUCGAGGCUACCCCAGCAGCUUCCCCAAAAGUUGCUAAAUCUGUGGAAGUGACUGCCAGGCCACUGCUUCCAGUUGUGAAGUCUGUGACAAUGCCAGGGCCAACCUCUCAAAUGGCAGACUGUGUGGUGUUGACCCCCAAACUGCAAGAUGGGAGAACUUCAGGGUUAACCUCGGGGUUAUGGUUGCAAAACAUGAAAUCUAAGAAAUUAAGCACAGAGCCAACACACCAAAUUCUGGAAAUAACAGUCGACAGGAGUUCAAAUUGUAAAGACUCUGUUAAUCCAGGGCUGCUACUUCAGAUUGUAAAAUCUGAGAAAUUAGCACCAGGACCAAUUCCUCAGGUUGUAGAACCAAAGGACUGCGGAACAGGGCCUCCUCAAUUUACGGAGUAUGAGGAAUUAAAUCUAAGAUAGUCCUGUCAGAGUAGAGAAUCUGAGGAAUUAACAUCAGGAGAAGAGUUACAAGUUCAUCAUUAUUCCUCUAGCUUUCUAGACAACUCUUCAAACUCACUCGUUUCAAGCUCUGUCAAUACAUCUAAAUUAGGAAGGCUUUGGGGUUCUGAGAUGCUAGUACCAAGAGCCUUGGAUAUAAAAGACCUUGGGACAGAUAAUUUGCAGCCAGAAGAGUCCUUUAUAGAUGCUUCUAUGAUACAAUCUUCAACCCUUCCCUUGUCCUUUCAUAACCAACCCUUUGACAAGAUAGCUUACACUGUAGAAACCCAGUAUUUUGAGAUGCCAGAAUUGGAUGGCCCAUCUAAGGAGUGGACGAAGGAGAAGCAGAAUGCCUGGGAGAGUCACUUGAGGCAGAGAUUACUUAAGAAAUAUCUCUCUAAUAUACAAAUACUGGGGAAUGUCUUGGGAACCACUAUGGAAAGGAAGCUUUGUUCUAAGUCAUCAUUAAGAGCCACAGCAGAUACUUGUCAAUCUUUUGAAAAUUUAUUUGGGAUUCCAGCUGACCUGAUGGAAAUUUCCCAGAAAGUGCUAGAGAAAGGUCUCUAUACAAUGUUUUGGCCCUCAGUGGUCAAAAAUUACAUUUAGAGACACAGUUCAUGUUAUAGUCAUAAACCAGCAAUGGUUUUAAGGAUGUGGACAUGUUGCUCCAUGUCCUCCACAAUCUAGCAACACUCUGGGACUAGAGUGAGAAUACAGAAAAUGAACUCAAAGAUCAGUGAUGUAUCCCAGGAAGUUAUUCAGGACAUGUCCGUUUCAUGUACUGGGAACCAUCUUCCUGCCCCAGAAAAGUCGGAGUGUCCUUUCAUUGUAUUUCUCACUGUGAAAGAUCCUGUUCCAGUGGCAGAGAGUGAGAACUCACAUAGUGAUUCACAGACAAGGACUUUUGAGACCCAACACUCUCUCAAGCCAUGUUAUCUUUCCCAGGCCAAGACUGACUUCUCAGGAGAAGUUCAGCUGCUAUAACAUCUGCAGCUAAAAAUAGCAGCAAAACUGGUAAGAAGUACCCCCAAUGUACCUCCACCUAUAGAUUCAGGUGUCCUAAAAUAUACUGUCUGCCGGUGUUUACAAUUUAAUUGUGGUCAUAAAUUACGGGCCACUUUUGGGCCUUACCUUCUUAUCUAUCCACAGCUCCACCUGGUAAGCACUCCUGAAGGCCAAGGAGAUAGGAUGCAUCUUGGCUUUUGCUUACAAACUGGGAAAAGUCUCCAAGUCCCAAGUUAUCAUAGAACAGACAGACCCAUCACACCAAGGAACCCUGUAUCACCAUCACUAAGGAAAGCUAAAAUCUAUACUUGAGCUUCCAAGAGUCCUACUUCUACAUUCAGAAGAAGUCCUACUUCUUCCCAGUCUCCUAUACAAGUCCACAUCAAGCAAAAGGAAUAGAGCUGCCCUGACCUAGCAAUAGGAGAGACAAACAUUGUUGAGCCUGGGCACUGUGAAUCUACUCGAAUUCACUCUUUACAAGGGAGUCACUGUGAAAGCUAUGGGCUGGAUGAAAAGUGAGCUAGAGUGAAAGCCAAAAAGACCCAUGAUUCAAAAUGUCUAAUGAAAAGAAUUACCAAGAAAAUUACUGCACAAAACACAAAGUUCUCCGUAACACUGAGUUCCUGUAGGGAACUAUCAACCCAGUUAAGAAGGAAGAGGAAUGGAGCACCUUAGACAACUACAGCCUCUUUAAAAAGACAAAGUAAAAAAUCCUCCCGACCCAACUUUAUUCAACGGCUUUUUCAGGGCCCAAAGCAGGCAUUUCAAACAGCCCACAGAGUGACUUUUGCUGGGCACAAGCCUGAGGACAGGAUAAGGCUAGACCACUUGUGGUCAAACAAAAACUGCCAUUCAAAACAAAGAGUCAGAGACUAUUGUCUAUCAAGAGAUAGCAAAGAGAUAGGAUGCCAGCUACAGCCCUUGGGUCUUACUGUUCAAAAUGACAGUAGCAAUAGAGCUAAGAAAAACACAAAUGAAAUCUCUAGCCGAGAGGCCAUGGACUCCAAAACAGGAACCAGAGUUCAGGCCCAAAGGGAAUCCCACAUGGCUCCCCUGAGUAGAGAUUCCUCUGAAAAGAGCCAUUGAAGUCAUUCUCAGAGGAGCCAUCCCAGUCUCUCCAUAAGGAGCUACCAAAGUCCUUCUGAGAGGAGCCAUCUUAGUCCCUCUGGGAGAAGCCCUCAGAGUCUUGAGAGGAGCAAUCACAGUUUCACUGAGAAAACUGGUCAAAGCCCCUCUGAGAAGAGGGGCAGACACAGUCACUCUGAGAGGAGGGGACAGUCAAUCUGA